AUGGCGUCUCAACGGCUGGCGCUGAACUUCCAGCGCUCUCUACGAAGCCGACAAGCUCUCAAUGCGAUCAAAUCUCCCCUUAGACGCUACGCCAACCCUGUUACGCCGACGAGAACAGAAAGCACAACGCUCUCCAACGGCCUAACUAUCGCGACAGAACAUUCGCCAUGGGCUCAGACCUCGACCGUCGGAGUGUGGAUUGAUGCAGGAAGCCGGGCAGAGACGGAUAAGACAAAUGGAACAGCUCACUUCCUCGAGCAUCUUGCCUUCAAGGGCACAAACAGACGCAGCCAGCAUCAGCUAGAGCUCGAAAUUGAAAACAUGGGUGGCCACCUGAACGCAUACACUUCGCGCGAAAACACCGUAUACUACGCCAAAUCCUUCAACUCCGAUGUUCCCAAGACUGUUGAUAUCCUCUCCGACAUUCUUCAGAACUCCAAGCUCGAAUCCGCCGCAGUUGAACGGGAACGCGAUGUCAUCCUUCGGGAGCAAGAGGAGGUUGACAAGCAACUGGAAGAGGUCGUCUUCGAUCACUUGCACGCCACUGCCUAUAUGAACCAGCCCCUCGGACGAACGAUUCUCGGACCAAGGGAAAAUAUCGAGACCAUUUCGCGACAAGAUCUGGUGGACUAUAUUGGCACCAACUACACCGCAGACCGCAUGGUUCUUGUGGGAGCUGGCGGUGUUCCUCACGAGGAAUUGGUCAAGCUGGCCGAGAAGCACUUUUCAGGUCUCAAGUCCGCACCACCUACCUCGUAUGCGGCCGAGAUUGCUGCCGAGCAAAAGCGCACUCCCGAGUUCAUUGGAUCCGAGGUCAGAAUCAGAGACGACACUAUCCCAACUGCUCACAUUGCCAUUGCGGUUGAGGGUGUCAGCUGGAAGGACGAUGAUUACUUUACUGCGCUCGUUACUCAGGCCAUCGUCGGUAACUGGGACCGGGCUAUGGGAAACUCCCCAUACCUGGGCGGCAAGCUCAGCACUUUCGUCCAUGCCAAUAACCUUGCCAACAGCUUCAUGAGCUUCUCUACGAGCUACAGUGAUACUGGUCUCUGGGGUAUCUAUCUGGUCAGUGAAAACAAGACGGCCCUCGACGACCUUGUCCAUUUCACACUCCGCGAAUGGUCCAGACUGUCAUUCAACGUCAGCGAAGCCGAGACGGAACGUGCCAAGGCCCAACUGAAGGCGUCGAUUCUGCUUUCGCUCGACGGUACAACGGCUGUUGCGGAAGACAUCGGCCGACAGAUCAUCACCACUGGACGAAGGAUGGACCCUGCCGAGAUUGAGCGAGUGAUUGGAUCCAUCACCGAGAAGGAUGUCAUGCGCUUUGCCCAGAAGAAGCUGUGGGAUCAAGAUGUUGCAGUGUCGGCUGUUGGAUCGAUCGAGGGUCUUCUCGACUACAACAGAAUAAGAAACGACAUGAGCCGAAAUGCGGCAUAG